GAACUGCAUGUUGAGAAGUGUAGAUAUAUGGAUUCUAAAAUGAAGCCUCUGUGGAUAGUAUACAACAACAAAAUGUUUGGAGGAGAUCUUGUAGGGAUCAUCUUCAAAAACGGUGAUGAUCUCCGACAGGACAUGUUGACACUCCAGAUUUUGCGUUUGAUGGACAUACUUUGGAAAGAAGCUGGUCUGGAUCUCCGGAUCUUGCCAUACGGCUGUUUAGCAACUGGAGAUCACUCUGGCCUUAUUGAGGCUGUUUCUAGUUCAGAAACCAUUGCUGACAUUCAGUUAAAUAGUAGCAACGUUGCUGCUGCUGCCGCCUUCAACAAAGAUGCUCUCUUAAACUGGCUGAAGGAAUACAAUUUAGGAGAUGACUUGGAUCGAGCCAUUGAAGAGUUUACUCUGUCUUGUGCUGGCUACUGUGUAGCUACUUAUGUAUUGGGAAUUGGUGACAGACACAGUGACAAUAUCAUGGUCAGAAAAAACGGUCAGCUCUUUCAUAUAGAUUUUGGGCAUAUUCUUGGGAACUUCAAGUCCAAGUUUGGAAUUAAAAGGGAACGGGUACCUUUCAUACUCACCUAUGAUUUCAUUCAUGUUAUCCAACAAGGAAAAACAGGGAACACUGAAAAAUUUGGUCGGUUCCGCCAGUAUUGUGAAGAAGCGUACUUGAUUCUGAGGAAACAUGGAAACCUAUUUAUUACACUCUUUGCACUGAUGUUAACUGCAGGGCUUCCGGAGCUAACCUCUGUCAAGGACAUCCAGUAUCUCAAGGACUCUCUCGCCUUAGGGAAGAGUGAGGAAGAAGCACUAAAACAAUUUAAGCAGAAGUUUGAUGAAGCACUCCGGGAAAGCUGGACUACUAAAGUGAACUGGAUGGCUCACACUGUUCGAAAAGAUUACAGAUCCUAGAAGAUUUUUGUGUUUGCACUAAGCUGAAUGUUACCUUGAUAAGUGUUUUUAAUGGCGAGCUGUAGAAUGGACCAACAAAACUUAUUUUAUGUAAGGAAGAGAAGAAAACAAAACAACAACAACAAGAAACAGGCUGAAAUAAUUCCUGAGUCUUUUGCACUCUGCUUCUGAAUGCUUGAUUCCGAGACUGUCUCUACAAAUAGUGAACAUCCUGGAUAAUCAGUUCCUGCUGACUUUGCACGCUGAGAGCUACUAGGCAUUUUAAAAAAUUCUUUGGUACUUUAUGGAGGUGUAAAUAUUUGUUUUUAUACGUUAGGGUAAUAUACUCUAACAUACUCAGGAGGUUUGAAGACCUCUGACAGAUCUGUUCUUUGUUUAAAGUGAGGACUUGAAGAGUAAAAUUUUUUUAUAUCCUAAUCUGGCUAAAAAUGACCAUAUUGUGUAUAUUUUUCAUAUGAACUCUGCCCUACUGGCACAGAUGCAUUAAUUCUACUGUAAAUAGCAACCACAGUAUCAUCGAACUACAGGGAGCUGCUUCCUCGUGUCUUAUACUGCUGCCAAAAGUAGAUAUUUGUAAGAUGGGGAGGGGGGAGAGACCUUUGAAAAUGAUGCAGUGUCCAGAUGUUCAGGGUUACACAGUUUUGUUCCUGUGACAUAACACACGCAAAAGGAGCCCUUCAGUAAGAGGAAGAUUAGGCCAAUUUCAACGACGUCUGAGAAUCCCCCAUUGGUAAUGGUCUCCCAUUGGCCUCUGGGGCUUUGUUUUCAACUCCCCAAAGAGGCACAUUUAUUUCAGGUUCGGCAAGAAGCUCCUGACAGCCUUACAUGGAAAUUCACGUGGAAAAUUUUCAUCAAAUAUACACAUAGUGAUCUUUAGAGCAUACAUACCAAAAACCCAAAUGUUUGGAAAAGUGAGUUUAUGGGAAAAGAUCAUUCCAUAAAACACCAAUGAGAAGUCAUUAAUCUUUUCUUUCUGUAUUUAUUAAAAGCUUGCAGUAAUGUUGCUUUACCAAGAUAUAUAUGUUGAAGAUGGUUGCUGAAGAAACUGGAUUUGUUUUAAUUUAUUUAGUGAGGUACCAGGCUUUUAGGUGCUUAAAUGGAGAGCAAAUCUGUUACGUGCAAUAGGGAACUGCUGGUUAAAAGAUGUAACAUACUGUUUCUGGAUAUCAGCAAGAUAGACUUUAACUACUGCUUGUUCUCCAAGGAACACUGGUAGCUCUCAAUUCUUGUUGACAUUUGAAAGAGAAUUAAACGUAUAUAUAUUUACUUUUUGACUAAACAGUUGUUUGGAUAGAAAUGUUGUUUUAUGUAGGAAUUUAAUUAAAGGUGGUUUUACUUUGU